GCUGGCCAACCUGCUGCUGCAGUGCGAGGGGCGGGAGCUGGAGGAGCGCAGCUCCGCGCUGGCAGCCGUCCUGGCCGCCUGGGCUGGGUCGGCGGGGCCGGGGGAGCCGGUGCCCCCGCCGUGCUCCGGGUGAUGGGGGGGGCGGGGGGGACGACAGCGGGGCGCUGGCCUGCGCCGACCCCCCCCCGCACCGGGACCGGCAGGGGGCGCACCAACGCGGCGGUAGGUGGCGUUCCCGGAAGGGAGCGGGGCACGCCGGGAUACUUCCCCCCGCCAGGGGAGCGGGGCACGCCGGGAUAUGCUCCCCCCCAGGGGAGCGGGGCACGCCGGGAUAUACUCCCCCCAGGGGAGCGGGGCACGCCGGGAUAUACUCCCCCCGGGGGAGCGGGACAAACCCCCCCCCCCCCCCCCCCCGGGAAAAGCGGGGCCGCGGCCGAGCGCACCGGGCGGCGAUGUCGCUGGCGCAGCCCCCGCCGGGCCUGGGCUGCGGCUCCCUGGUGACCUACGAGCUGGGGGCGGGCGGCCGCAUGGUCUCCGUCAGCUUCCAGAGCGCCGCCAUGGGCAACGUGUUCGCCCGCUUCCCGCGGGUGCUGCUGCUGCACCGGGCGGGCGGCCCGGCGGGCCGGGUGCUGUUCGUGUUCCUGGCGGGCGGCCCGGCCGCGGCCCCGGCGCUGCGCGGCGGCAUGGCCCGCGUGGUUCACCUCGCCGUGCCGCGGGACGAGUCGGCGGCGAGCCUGGCCCGCAUGUACGCGGCGUUCCGGUCCUUCAACCCCGCCUGCGCCCAGACCCGGCUGGUGCUGGUGGGCCCCGGCUUCCCGCAGCCGCCGGCGCUGGCCCGGGCCUUCCCGGGCGCCCGGCUGCAGCUCUCCGUCUUCCACCUCUGCCAGCGGCUGCAGCAGCAGAUCCAGGGUCUGGCCCUGGGGGCCCGGUCCGAGCGCCUGGCGCUGGCCGCGCUGCGCCGGGCUGUGCGCACCGCCAGCCGCAGCAGCCGCGGGAAGACGCACGCCGUCCUGAGCGAGCUGGCGGGGCCCGGCCGGCUGCCCCGGCUCCGUGCCGACUGGCUGCUGGACGAGGAGAUCUGGGCCGCGCACGGCGAGCGCAGCUGGGAGGGCAGCGCCAGCUUCUUCAGGGACCUGGAGGUCGUCAGCCAGGGGUUAGGCCAGGUUUUCAGCGCGGGGGGCUCCCUGGAGAGCUGCAUCGCCUCCCUGGCCCAGCACUACCAGGAACAUGUUUCGAAAAGCCUUCCCGAUGCCGCGGCGUGCUCUGAUGGCUGUGCUGCUCGGGCAGCUCCCCAGGCCCUGCCUGCCUCAGCUUCGCCCCUCGCCCCUCUGGCAGGCUGGGCUAAGCUGCCUCAGAGCUCGGUCCAGCCCACGCCACCCUCUCCCACAGCUGCUGCGAGUCCAGUGAUUGUCCUCCAGAGUCCAUCAGCAGCUCCGCGGCUCCCUGCAGCUUUUCAGCCUCAGCCUGAAGCCCCUCAGGCUCUUCUCCAGAGAAACCUCAGAAGCCCUCAAUCCUCUUUAGAUCCUUCAUCUCCUGCAGCUAAACCGCAGGCCGUGGAAAACCCAGAGGGCGACAGCAAGGAGGAGAUUAACCGAAGGGCUGAAGAACGCAUCAAGCAGUCUUUGAGCGACAUUUGCACGGAGCCCGCUGCCAGGCUGUGCCUGAGCGAGUUUGCGGUUGUUCAGAAGUCUGUGCAGCUGAUCAGCACCAGGGAGGACGCUUUCAGCGUACAGCUCCUGGAGGAUGCCCACAGAGUGGACCCGAAAGGCCUGAGCAGCUGCACUUGCCACUUCAACCAGGUCUUCCAGCUGCCGUGCCGGCACAUCCUGGCCGUGCUGAAUUCAGACAGGAAGACCUUGGAGCCAGAGGUGCUCAGCAGACAGUGGCAGAAGGGACGUGAUACCCAGCAGGCCAGGCGAGACAGUGCCAAUGGCCUCUUGGAGAUCCUGAAGAGCUCCUGGAACAAGUCUUUGGAUAAAUCCCUGGUGGUGUCCUUCCUCACAGCGGAGACCAGCCGGCUUCUCACCUGCUGCAACGGGGAGGAGUUUGAGCGCCGGUACAGGACCCUGCGGGAGCUGGCUGACAGCUGGAUUGGGCCCUACAUGGAGGUGAAGCUCUAGCGCCGGGCCGAGCCGGCUGCCCCGCGUGCGGGCCCUUGGAGGCCACGGGUGUGUGGGAGGCCUGUUCAUCGCUCCACCAGUGCCCUGGUUCCACCCGUGCUCCCCUCAGCCUGUCGCUCCCUCGAGGCUUGGCACGGAAGGGGCAGUUUGGGUUCUUAUUCUGCCUAGCGAGUGUUGUCUCUUGCACGGGGCAGCUGAGGAACCGGGCUGGGAGCUCCUGAUCACAGUGGAUGGGUAACCAGCUGCUGACCUGGUGAGCCGGAGAGGUGGCUGGGAGCCAACGGGUGGUGCGGCGUGGGAGGUGACGGUGUAAUAACAUGUGACACUACUAUUUGAUCCGUGGCCAGCGCCUGCAGCUCCUUCCAGCAUCCAGCUGCGGCGUCUUGUGCAACAAAGCCAAUAAAUCGGCCCUGUAUCUCUCGGCA